AUGAUGGACGGCGGCGCCCGUGGCACCAUCCUGAAGGAGGCCGCGCUGCCCGGCGCCAUCUUCACGCGCAGUGGCAUCUUUUGGCAUGGGAUCGAAGCGCGGCGCGCUGCAGCACGCAGGGGGCGGCGCGACAUGAAGAAAUUUUGGACGGAGGGCAAGCACGCGGCGUUGGGCGCCGCCACAUCGGGCCUCACCGGACUGGUGCUCCGCAGAGCGCAGCACGACAAGCUGGACCUCUUGCGCCGCAAGUUCGGACGAGUACUUCCGGACGGGUCUGCGGUUCGCGUGCCAGUUGACGAUGGAAGCGGAGGCGCGCAUGAGGUCGCGCGCGCCACCCGCGCCACAGAUGGCUCCGACUGGGAUUGUUUCCGACAGCAGCAGCAGAUAGCAGCAGUCUUCGGCGACUUGGAGAUGGAGAUGGCAAAAGUGCCCGAGAGCGCAUGGUUCCCCGCGCCUCAUGAGGGGUUCGAGGGGCUCUGGGCACACCUGGCCACGCGCCCCCCGCGGCCGCUGCCCGAGUUCAAGUGGGGCAUUCCGCUCCCGCCCGCGCGCGACAUGGGGGGCCUGUUCGACCAGGUCCCAGAGGCGGCCAAGGACACCACGAUAGAGUUACGCGCAGGACGAAGGCGUCAACGAGAAGAAGGAGGCGACGCCGAGCAGUCAGAAUGCCGUGGCAAGACGCGUGGCCACAAGCAGAACAACCGAGUGGUGGCGCAUGAGGAAAUCGACAACCUCGAGAAGAUGGGCGUGGAGCAGCUGCGGACUUUAGUGCCAGUACUGACGAAGAUGGCGCUCAACCGGGCAUUGGGAAGCAGGCAAGUGGAGGCUGCCAUACUAACGGCGCUCAUCAUCGGGGCGAACACGGAGCCAGUGGUGAAGGCGCAAGGACGAGCGAAAGCGUGGAUCGAGAAGGCGUUGAAGACAAAAAUCGCAGAGAUCACGCCGAAUAUGGCGGCGGAAACCUUCAGUCUGGUCAAGGUGCAGGCGACGCUCAAAGAGACGGAGGCAGGGAUCACGAUCAACAGGCUCGACAUGUUGCAACCGUUGCACGCCGGCUUGGAGUUGCUGGGAGCCACAGUUAAGCACGGAUGGCGACUGGCAUUCGUGCGGAUCGACACGCUGGAGGGGAAUGCCAUCGAGAUGAAGCUACAGCUCCUGAAGAAGCCGUUCACGAAGCUGCUGGCGCUGGGCGCACAGCGGAUGAGGGCCGGCCCGAGCGACCCGUCGCUGAAGUACCUGCGGGGGCCCGGCGCCCCGAGGGAGACUUCCAGGACGUCGACCUCGGCGGCGGCCUCUCGGACGAGGAGGCCGAGGCCGAGCCCGAGCUGGACGCCGUGGCGCGGGCGGCCGUGUGGUCUCCGCAGGUCGCGAGGCAAGCGGCAGGCGGCUGCCCACGGAGGCCCAAGUCGCUGGUGUUCGCGAGCUCCGGCGGCUCGCUGGUGGCCAGAUCCCGGUCCGCGCUGGAGAGGACGCCGCAGCGCUCCGCGACCACGCCGGGGCGCCUCGGCUCGCCGGGAUCCUCUCCGCAGGACCGACCGCCCCAGCGGGGGGCACGUGGCCGGCGUGUCGCCCCUGACGCUGAGCAAGCUGGCCGAGUUCCAGGGCGGCCUGUUCGGCGCGGCGUCCUCCUCCGCCAGGGCCUCGCCCUCGGCCCCGGCGGCCUCGGCGCACGGGGCCAGCGCCCCGCCGACGAGCGAGGAGGUCGAGUGGGCGGCCGUGCCGGAGGACGGCCGGGCCUGGGGUCGCUGGCGCGGGCGCGGCGGGCGCGGUCACACCCUCGUCGUCGCCGAGGCCGUCUCUCGAGGCGCCGCGGCGCGCCCCGCUGGGCGCGGCCCACGCGGAGGAACUCCACAGCGACAGCACCAGCAGCGAGGAGGUGGAGGUGCAGGGCGCCGUCUCGGCGGCCGUGCCGCCGCAGCCGCCGCCCGAGAAGGUGAAGCUGCAGCUGUCCCCCCUCGUCGCCGAGAGCCCCCAGAGGUGCUUCGAGAAGUACGCCCAGCGGUUGGGCGAGAGGCUCUCGUGCGCCACCAUCUGCAGGUGGGACAGGCUGCAGGCCGCCGCCAACGAGCAGCUGGCCGGCGGGCACGUGGGCAAACUGGAGUGUUUCUGGAUCCACGAGCCCGGCGCGCAGCCCUGCCCCGAGGCCGCCAGCGGUCUGGUGUGCUUCCAGUUUGUGCAGGGCCACUCGUCCAACUUCGUGCGCGUGCUGCACCUGUCCGCCGUGGGCGGGGGCCCUCCUGGCUCGGGCCGCGAGGCCGCCGAGGGCAGGCUGCUGUCCGCGGCCGUGCGGGAGGCCCGCGGGCUGAUAUUCGGCGCGCUGCCGGCGGACAGCCUGAGGGCGGUCGUGCUCGUGGGCGAGGACGAGGAGAAGGCCGCCUCUACGUGGACGCCGACGUGGAGGCCGCCUACCAGGGCUGCGGCUUCCGGUGGUUCCAGCUGACGCAGUGCAUCCGGCGGUCCCGGUCCGCGUUCCGGGCGGCCAAGAUCAAGCCGUCGCUGAGAUUUCUGGUCUUCUCUGCCCACCGAGGUCCCACGGACCCUCCCAGGCCCAGCGGUGGCCUGCAGCCGCUGUCGGCGCUGCUGCUGCGGAGCGACGAAGACGCCACCGCCAGAGCCGAAGCCCAGGCGGCCGCGUCCGGCGAGUCGAUCAGCAGCUUCACGGCGUGGUGAGCCAAGUGCGCGCGCGUCUCUGCCGGCGGAGGCGACAGGGGGGCACCGGGACGCGAGGAAGGGAAGGGGAGGAGGAAGCUGGCUGACUCGCGUGAUGCAAUGUAACACAUAGAUCUGCCCAAGCGCACACAGACUCCGAUUCGUGCUGGUCGCGCGGUGACCUGAACGCGGUCGCCGCUGCUUCCCUCCCC